CCGUCGUAAAGGAAUUGUCAUACACUGAGUGUGAUUUUAUCACCUGUGAUUGACAGUUAAACAGCUUUUAGGAAACCAGGAGCAAUGAAUUCUUGAUGCUAGGAAGCUUAACGAUGUUGCUGGUUGAAGCAGUUUUCUCACAAAGCGCUGAAGAUGUAGCUCGGGUCCACUCAGACCUGCUCACCAACCAGUUCCCCAAAGUUCGUCCCGAGAAGGACUUGUCCCAGGUGACAGUCGUCAACGUGUCGUUUCACCUGAUCUCAGUGAACGAUCUGGACUCACCUUCGCAAAAACUGUCAACCAACGGGUGGAUCAAAGCUUCGUGGGAAAACAUGUACCUGGAGUGGGACCCCGCAAACUACAGCGGAGUGGGGCGAAUAUUCCCUGACACCGACAAGGUGUGGCUGCCUCGUCUGACUGUCCUCAACAGCCUUAAUGAGUUGAAGCCUGUCGGGACAAGCUACAGCUUCAUUAUAGUCACAUCCAACGGACUAACUACAUGGUACCCUGCGGAAGUAUUUGAAACCUUCUGUGAAAUAAAUGUAAAAUAUUUUCCAUUUGAUAUCCAAACGUGCUUCUUCACCUUCUUCAACUGGGGAGAAGACAUCACCGAGGUGGACUUUCAGGUGACAGAGAACUCCGUCAAUCUGACCACUUACCAUGACAACGGUGAAUGGGAGCUGCUCAGCACGGGGGUAUACAGACAGACACACACUUUCGACGACAAGUUGUACCCGUUAAUUGUCGUGGAGAUGACUUUGAAACGUCGACCCAUUAUUUUGAUAAUGACCGUUAUCUUCCCCAUCUCAGUUCUUUCCUUCCUCAACGUUUUCGUCUUUUUGAUACCGUUGGAAUCAGGAGAGCGUCUGUCAUUCUCUAUGAGCGCCUUCCUGUCCUACGCCAUCUUUUUUGACUUCAUCCUUGGCUCUCUGCCUUCUUCCGGUGACGAGGUCUCCCUGUCUUUGAUCAUCAUUUCCGCUCAGCUUUUUCUGUCUUCGGUGUACGUGCUCGUCGGCAUCCUGACCUCGGCCCUGGUUCACCGGGAUGAUGCCACUAAGCCCUGUGCCCGCCAUCACGAAGACUGUGGUCAUGUGGCUGGAGGUCCUUCUGUGUCUGAAGCCGACUUCUCGACGGUUUGCGGUCCUCGGGAAGAGGAAUGUCGUCGGCGUGUCUGAGAUAUCCCAAGUUCACGGGUCAAAGGUAGCCAAAGAUUCCAUUCCUCGCACGGUGUACGGAGGGCAAGAUAACCGUGUUGGGGAGGCGCCGACAGUUAUCUCCCAGGAAAGUAUGACGUGGCUUAGAGUGUGUCAGGCUGUGGACCGUCUUUGUUUUGCUUUCUUCUUCACCGGGUUGUGUGCAAUGUAUACUGGGUUUUUGUUUAUCAUGAAAGUUACAUGAUUAAAUCUGAAGUUAAAUAGUUGCUUCCCUUGAGUGGAAAUUAAUACAUUUUAGUGAACAUUACUUCUUGCUGAAACGAUAUUGUAAUUUGCAUGCAGAUGCGUUAGCUGAUUGUACACAACCUACAAAAUGUUUAGGGCUCGAAAUAAACAGAAAU